AUGGCCAUUUCACUCAUCAGACGAGCCAUCCUGGCCCACGGGGAUGGCUUGCCCGACUACAAACUGCCCGACUGGGCCUGGGUCGUCAUGUUGCUCGACCUCAUCGUCCUGCUCCCCGUCACCGUCAUCCUCGACUACACCUUCAAGGCCGUCUAUCCCGUCUUCGCCAUGAUCGAGGACGAGAAUCCCCCCGCCUACCAGCCCGUAUCCCUGCGCGACGCCCUCGACGACGAGACGGUCCGUCCCGGCUCCAAGCUCGCCGAGCUCGAGACGCGCACCGUCACCUCGUCUUUUCGCGCCAUCAACCGCCUCCUCAUGGCCAACGGCGGUGUCAUGGCCAACUUUCGCGGCUUCACCUGCGCCCUGGCCCAGUCCUUCAUGACCUCGAUCCUCAUGGUCGUCUUCACCGCAUCCUUUGGUGGCGUCUUUGCCCCCGCCGCCACUCUGCUCGCCUCGCUCGCCCUCGUCCAGUUCAGCACCGCUUGGGUCCACAUCGUCAUCUCGCGUCCGUCGCCGCUGCCCUUCUGGCAACGCCUGCCUGCCUUCAAGCACACUUUUGAUGCCACCUGGAGGGCCGUUACCAUGUACUGCGUCGCAGGCAUUUCUCUCCCCGAGCUCCAAGUCGCCGGUGGACAAGGCGCUGAUUUGCGCAAUCUCGACGCCGCCUUCUUCGCCAAGGCUCUCUUCAUCUUCCUCGUCGCCCUCGUCUUCUCCAUCUUCCUCGUCAUCCCCGCCAACGUCAUCCUCGUCCGCAUCCAGGCUUCGCUGCUCCCCCCGGACGAGGACACCAUCAUCCCCUUCGACCGGUCUUUUGAGGGCAGGGCCGAGCCUGCCGUUGUGGGCGGUCGCGGUUUUGUCACCAUUUCCGAUGCCUGGGCCACGUUUAGCAAAACUGCUUGGCGCCGCCUCCUCACUCUCUACGUCAAGAUCUUCCUUGUCACCAUUGCCGGCAUAGCUCUCAUGGCCGCCCUGAUAUUGCCCGAGAUCAUUGUGAUUGCGAGCCGGUCUGUCCGUGUCGACUGA